CAUUGAGUUCUCUAACUCUCAGCACUAUUCCAACAUCAACAUGGUCAUAACAGACAUCAAAUGUGAUUUGACUGUCAUUUUAACAUUUAAUGCACUUGCUCUGUCUGUGUUUACAGCUUUAGAGAGCAGGGUGUAGACAUGAUUCGCUGGGUGUGUUGAUACAGAAUGACUCCAGCCAGUCCCUCCCCCUCAUACACACUAUUGCAUGCUUCCUUCCCUUAGCUGGCUGACUUAUCAUAGGGUGACUUGAACUCACUGAGUCAGACAGCUCUAGCCUUCACACUCACACAACAAGGAGAAGCUUCUCUACAGGCCAGAUGGUUUCCCUUCCAACAUUUCAGACUGAGAUGGAAACUACAACUUUUAAUUACGAUUACGGGACGGACGAUGGGAUGGAACCUGAAGGUCCUUGUGAUUUGAACAGUGUCAACUCCCUGGGAGCUGGGCUGUCCAUCCUCUUCUACUUCAUGUUCCUCUUCAGUCUCUUUGGCAAUGGGCUGGUCCUGUUCAUCAUCCAUCGGUUUGAGAAGCUGACCACUGUGACCAACAUCUUGCUGCUGAACCUGGUGUUUUCCUCCGUGUUCUUCAUGUGCAGCCUUCCUUUCUGGGCAGUCUACACUCAGAGCUCCAAUUGGAUCUUUGGGGCGGCCAUGUGCAAGAUUGUUGGCAGCGUCUACUACCUGGGCUUCUACAGUUCUGUCCUCUUUCUAACUCUUUUGACCUUCGACCGACACGUUGCAGUUGUAUACUCCUUGGGCGCAUGGCAAGUGAGAAACCAAAGGUAUGCAGUGAUCUCCUGCGCUGUGGUGUGGCUGGUCAGUGCCUUGGCAUGCAUCAGGCCCAUGAUUCUCCACAACACUUUUACGUACAACGUACUUAACAGAACAUACUGUCAGGAAUAUCCUGGUAACCUAGGUAAUAUUAAUGUGCCGCUGUUGAAACAAUCUGGAUUUUACCUCCAGCUUAUCCUCUUUUUGAUCUUUCCUCUGGCUGUUAUUAUCUACUGCUACCUUAGGAUUGCUAUCACUGUCAUGUCAUCCAAGAUAGUUAACAAGUUCAAGACAGUCAGGCUAAUAUUUGUCAUUGUUGUGAUUUUUUUCAUUUGUUGGACCCCAUUCAACAUUAUAGAGCUGAUUCGCGACAGACCCAGCGACUGUGAGGGAUUGAAGAAGAUGCGUUAUGCUCUUGAAGUCACUCGUAUCAUGGCAUACACUUACUUUUGCAUCAGUCCCAUCUUCUACACAUUUGUUGGGAAAAAAUUCCAGAGCUAUUUCAAACAACUGCUGGUGAAACGUUUCCCAGGUUUGAGGAAACAUAUUACUGUCAGUCAAGAAAUUGGAACCAAUAUGUCCACAAAAAGUACAAAAAAUGAGCUUUAGAAAUGGCAAGCCCUUUGUUUCUCAGGACUGAUGGUGUUUCAAAUACAACUGAAGAAAGUAAUCAAUUUGGAGCAUGUUUUUAAAGUUAGUUGUCAAAGUCUAGUCCAAUUUAAUUCCAAAUUAAGCUCCUGUCACCUCUUUAUUUGUAUUCAUGGCACAUGUAAAUGUAGACUAGAGAGGAAGUUUAACUGAGCUAUCGGAAAACAUGGUUCCCUACAGAAAAACACACCAGUCCUGUUCUGAGGACAGAUCCUUUUUGCCUUUUCAAAGACUCAGGGUACAAGUUUCUUUCCCUAAUUUGUUGCAGCUUCAUGCUCCAAUGAGCUGUAAAGCUUGAUCUUUUUCAGUUUACACUGCAGUAUUUCAUGAACAUAUUGGUACUGAUCCAUUAGUGAUGUGCCAAUGAAGCCUCAUGAACCCUUGUCUUUAUUUUCUAUUCAUCUAGUCAGCUCAGAAAAUAAAGUAAAUGGCUAAUGAGGCUGCAUUGUCACAUCACUACGAAUAGUUUUGUUGUAACUUCUUGCCCUCUCGUGGUCAAAGGCUGAUUAAUGAGGCUCAAGUGAGAUAUUGAUAUCGGAGGGAUUUGUAAACCCCAAAUUAGACUCAGCAAUGAUUUUAUUAAUAAAACAUUGUUGCCGUGGUUGGUCCAAGUUAGCUGCUCGGUGCUUUGCACUGAGGUUUACUGGGCCAAGCAUUUAUUUGUCAUAUGCUUCUUCAUGUUUCAUGUUCACAAAGCUACUGAAACUUUUGUUAGAUUACCAGGUGGCAACCUCCCUGUCGGAGCAAUGAAGCAAACACAGACGUGCCUUAAGCCUGCAAUCUUUCAAAAAUCCAACAGGGGUCGCCUACAAAAGAACUGCGGUUCUAUCUAUCUCAAUAGAAAAUGAGACGACUUCUCACUUGAUUUAUUACUUCUGCAGAAGUUAAUCUGGCAACAUUAUGGUCUCAAUCGCUGGUUUUCAUCAAGAAAAUAUGAUGGUAAUUGUGUAAAUAAUGGUUAUUUUUGACUGACAGGUCGAUAACACAUAGCAAAACAAUGUUUAUCCACGGCCUGUGUACAUUUAAAAAGCGGUGAACUUUUUUGCCGUGUUUUCAUCUUUGACCCUUUCACAGUGUGUUUUCAUUUCAUGAAAGUUUAUUUGAACAUUUAAUUAAUUUAAAGAUGUCUUGUUCAGUGCUCGGUUGUACUUAAAGACACUCCAAGGAGUUGUCUGUUUUUCCAGUAAGUAACGUACAUUUUGUUUUAGUGUUAAGGUUAUUUUAAGAUACACCCGUCCUGGCGCCUCCCCAGUCCAAAUAUGGCCUCUCCUGGUUUGAAAAAGCAAAAUGGCAACCGCCGUAACUCCAAACUCGUUGCUUCAAAUGGGCAGUCCACAAACCAAUGGGUGACGUCUAGUGAAGUGACAACGAAGCUUCGUGAAAAAUUUUCUUUAUUCCCACUAAAUGCCGCUCUUUGUUCAACAAACACCAUCAACUACCAUUGCUAGAGCCUUUUUUAAGCCAAGACCGCCAUCUUGUGGGGUAAAAAAAUAAAGCAAAUUGUUCAUGAAGCUUCGUUGUCACUUCACUAGUGAUGUCCAUUAUUUAAACUCCUAGCACCACACGUCAGUUCUACUCCUUAAAGAAUGGUCACUAGCACUUUUUGCUGCACUAAUGCUUCUUAUUGCACAAUACUUUGAUUGUUCCCCUUUUUUCCUGUAAGCUGCUUUCGAUAAAAGCGUCUGCUAAAUGACUAAAUGUUAAAUAUUAACAUUAUACAGUCUAUGAUGCCUAUGAUACUGAAGUAUGGGGUCAAGGAGCAUCAUACAGCAAUUAAUCUCCAUUAUUAUUUAUGACGUGUUAUUUUUUCUGUUAUCAACUAUCAAAAAUGAACAUGUUAUUUUGACAGCCCUAGUAAUUACACAUUGUCACCAGUGACUACAUAGACAACAUAUGAAGAACAGUAAUUGGUCAGCUUCGGCUGCUUGUGAUUUCUCCUGCAAGUCUCCAUUGUCAGUGCAGUUUAUUUUUAGCUAAGAUAACAUUAAGCAAGUUGAGCAAAGACAGAGUAAUGUGCUGCUUUUCACAUUUAUCACCUCUCUGCCGAACACCUACUGAUCACCACGUUGACCUUUCUCUACCGCACGGUAUGAAACAAUGGAAUGUAUCAGUGUCAGACCACACCUGGCCAUAAUAAACAUUUUUCGACUUGCAUGGACAGUUAUCUGUAGUGAUGUACGAAUGAAGCUUCAUGAACCAUUAUUUUUAUUUUCUGAGCCCACUAGAUGGGCUGAAACACUCAGUUACCAUUGCUUGAGCCUUUUUCUUUAAACCAAGAGCGCCAUCUAGUGGGCUCA